GGUGUGUUGAGGGGCGUGGACUCUUCCAGGACUGCGCUUAAAUAGUGAAGGGCCAAAGAGACCAGGGAGGAGGAAGCCAGGACGGACCCGCCAGCACCCCAGCCAACCCAACGUUGCCAUGAGGCUCCUGAGCGUGACUUUUUGGCUACUCCUGUCCCUGCGCACUGUCCUCUGUGUGAUGGAGAUGCAGUGGUGUACCAUCUCAGACCCGGAACAGCAGAAAUGCAAGGACAUGAGCAAGGCUUUCCAGGGAGCUGGAAUUCAGCCCUCCCUCCUCUGCGUCCAGGGCACCUCCACUGACCACUGCGUCCAGCUCAUCAAGGACCAAAAAGCGGAUGCCAUCACCCUGGAUGGAGGAGCCAUCUAUCAGGCUGGCAAGGAGUAUGGCCUGAAGCCAGUGGUGGGUGAAGUCUAUGACCAAGACAUUGGGACUUCCUAUUAUGCGGUGGCUGUGGUCAGGAGGAAUUCCAAUGUGACCAUCAACACCCUGAAGGGCGUCAAGUCCUGCCACACUGGCAUUAACCGGACUGUGGGCUGGAAUGUGCCUGUCGGCUACCUCGUAGAGACUGGCCAUCUGUCAGUGAUGGGCUGCGAUGUGCUCAAAGCCGUUGGCGAUUAUUUUGGGGGCAGCUGUGUCCCUGGAGCGGGAGAAACCAGCCAUUCCGAGUCCCUCUGUCGCCUCUGCCGUGGUGACUCUUCUGGGCACAAUGUGUGUGACAAGAGUCCCCUAGAGAGAUACUAUGACUACAGCGGAGCCUUCCGGUGCCUGGCGGAAGGAGCCGGUGAUGUGGCCUUCGUGAAGCACAGCACAGUGUUGGAGAACACUGAUGGGAAAACCCUGCCUUCCUGGGGCAAGGCCCUGAUGUCACAGGACUUCCAGCUACUCUGCAGGGACGGCAGCCGGGCUGACAUUACUGAGUGGAGACGAUGCCACUUGGCCAAGGUGCCUGCUCAUGCUGUGGUGGUCAGGGAUGACAUGGACGGAGGCCUCAUAUUCCGGCUGCUCAACGAAGGCCAGCUUCUGUUCAGCCAUGAAGACAGCAGCUUCCAGAUGUUCAGCUCCAAAGCCUACGGCCAGAAGAACUUGCUGUUCAAAGACUCCACCCUAGAGCUCGUGCCCAUUGCCACACAGAACUAUGAGUCCUGGCUGGGCCAGGAAUACCUGCAUGCCAUGAAGGGGCUGCUCUGUGAUCCCAACCGGCUGCCCCACUACCUGCGCUGGUGUGUGUUGUCGGUGCCCGAGAUCCAGAAGUGUGGCGAUAUGGCUGUGGCCUUCAGCCGCCAGAGUCUGAAGCCAGAGAUCCAGUGUGUGUCAGCCGAGUCCCCUGAGCACUGCAUGCAGCAGAUCCAGGCUGGGCACAUCGAUGCUGUGACUCUGAGGGGCGAAGACAUUUACAGGGCAGGAAAGGCAUAUGGCCUGGUUCCGGCGGCUGGGGAGCUGUAUGCUGAGGAGGACAGGAGUAAUUCCUACUUUGUGGUGGCUGUGGUGAGGCGGGACAGCUCCUACUCCUUCACCCUGGAUGAGCUUCGCAGCAAGCGUUCCUGCCACCCAGGCUUGGGCAGCCCUGCGGGCUGGGAGGUGCCCAUAGGCUCCCUCAUCCAGCGGGGCUUCAUCCGGCCCAAGGACUGUGAUGUGCUCACAGCGGUGAGCGAGUUCUUCAAUGCCAGCUGUGUGCCUGUAAACAACCCUAAGAACUACCCCUCCUCACUGUGCGCGCUCUGCGUGGGAGAUGAGAAGGGCCGCAACAAGUGUGUGGGCAGCAGCCAGGAGAGAUACUACGGCUACAGUGGGGCCUUCAGGUGCCUUGUGGAGAAUGCAGGGGACGUUGCCUUCCUCAAGCACACAACUGUCUUUGAGAACACAAAUGGUCACAAUCCUGAGCCCUGGGCUUCUCACCUCAGGUGGCAAGACUAUGAACUACUGUGCCCCAAUGGGGCACGGGCUGAGGUAGACCAGUUCCAAGCUUGCAACCUGGCACAAAUGCCAUCCCAUGCUGUCAUGGUUCAUCCAGACACCAACAUCUUCACUGUGUACGGACUUCUGGACAAGGCCCAGGACCUAUUUGGAGACGACCACAACAAGAACGGUUUCCAAAUGUUUGACUCCUCCAAAUACCACAGCCAAGAUCUGCUUUUCAAAGAUGCUACGGUCCGAGCAGUGCCCGUCCGGGAGAAAACCACGUAUCUGGACUGGCUGGGUCCUGACUACGUGGUUGCUCUGGAGGGGAUGCUAUCUCAGCAGUGCUCGGGUGCAGGGGCCGCGGUGCACCGAGUCCCCCCACCGGCCCUGCUCCUGCUGGCCCUGGCUGCAGGCCUCCUCCCGCGAGUUCUCUGAAGGUGGCUGCUUCAGGCCACGCCCUGCCCAGGAAAAGCUACAGAAUCCAACCCAAGAAACCAGGAAAUCAGCUAACCCUGCAGGAGAGCGCGAGAUGCGAUGCGAGAGGCAAGGUGAGAAUUCACACGCACAACCCUCCGAUGUGCGAUUCUAACCCAAAGAGAAAUUUCUAGAAUCAGGAUGAUUGUUAACGCCAAGUCUUCCCACCUGCCGGAGCCCUCAGUACCUGAGGCGACUGGCGAGCAGCCCAGUCACUCCUCCCACACUGGUGGCGCCUGCAGCGAACCUGUGCCUCCCUCCCACCUGGAACCUCCCGGCUGGCUGGGGGAUUGGGGGAGGGGAGAGAGAGAGAGAGAGAGAGAGAGAGAGAGAGAGAGAGAGAGAGAGAGAGAGAGAGAGAGAGAGAGAGAGAGAAGGCUGGUUGCCAUGGCAACCGUGGAGCUGCUUCCAGCCUCUGAACUGGUCACGUGGUUGGGGGAGUGCCAAGGAAGGAGCGCAACACCAACCUCCUUGACCAGCCAGCAGCCCCUGCUCUUGCUGCCCCACCCCACGCACUCUCCUGUGGACACUUGCUCACCAAGGCUCGGGCCACGCCCUCGGAAGAGCAGGGUUGCCGAGCACAUCAGCUUUUGUCAUUGUCUUCUGUGACACUAACCAAGGACCCCAGCCCACUGGACAACAGAUUUUGCCAGACUGGGAUGGGAGGAAAGCCAGAGCUGUACUGAGGGGGUGAAGUCUCCAAAAAUCCUCAGAGGACGGAAGUGCCCCUCCUAGUAAGAAUGUUAAUGGGUGAGGAACUUGAUGCAGGGAGAGAACUAUCCUGCUUAACAGCUCCUGCCUCAAACAGGACUUGCCCUGCCCUGCCUGGACCUCACUGCACAAUGAAACUGUCGCCUAGAAUCUACCGUUCGCUCUCCUGAUCUCAAUCUCAACAUUACCUUUCUCUCUGCUUCAUAUACCCCUUCCCACAAUCAACACACAUGCACAGGCACAUGCACGCGCGCACGCGCACAUGCACGCACACAUGCACGCACAUGGACACACGUCCCUUAUCUCUGUGUGAGCAUAUCUGCUUGUCUGAAGAAGCAUGAGUUAACCCAAAAUAAGAGCCUUUCAUGAACUGGGCUUUAGGACACACCACGGAGCCAAGGGAUUGGGAAGAACCCUGUCUUCCCCUGACCUUGCGUGUUGACCGGUUGUAUCUUUGGAGAGGGUCCCUGGUUCCCAAGAGCUGUAAGAGCCAAGGCCUAGGGAAGAGCCUCUUCUCCACCAUUUUGCCAUUGUUCUCUCGAGAACCAGAAAAAGUUUUCCAAAGCUACCAACUCUUACUCCAAAUCGUGUUCCUUUAAAACUAAUAAAUAAAACGGGGAGGAAAUAGGAUCAAGCAGCCCUCGUCAGCACACUGGAAGCAGCGUGGGCCUGGAGUUAUUUUCGUCUUGGUCUGUGUGGGGGGCCUCAGGAUGCUGAUGACAGGCCAGGUUCCCAGUGGCUCGCCCCCACCUGUGGGUGCCGGGACAGAUCCGUACAUGGCUCACCAGUGUCCCAGCCAGAGUCACACAGUCCUGAGGAAUCUCCGGUCACCAUGCUGCUUCGGAGAGCAAGCCCCUCCUCUCAGUACACAGCCAUCCAUUCUUCCCUGAGCUGAGGGCUUUCACAGUGAGAAGUGUACUGUGUGUGGGCGACCGUGCUGCCCAAAGUGUGAUGUCUGCACCGUGUGCUUUCCAGGUGUGAUUUUUCCAGAGCGCUCUGUAAAUGACGUCUGAUUGCCAUGGGCCACUGCCGUGUUAGUGCUAAAGAAAGACAUUGGUUUCUUUUUAAAUAAAGCCAAAUAUCCCUGCAUACGCAGAGGCUUGGAUCCUGGUAG